AUGUGGUCCCCAGCGAUCGCGAUUCUCCUCUUAUUUGUUGCCUCGAGCGCGACAAAAACGGUCGAUUUGUCACAUCGUGGAUUGAAGAAGGAGGAUUUCUUCAUGGAGCUACAGACGCAGAUCAAUCUGGCGGAUGUCACCGACUUGAUCCUUCGGGAGAACGAAUUUGAUAGUUUUCUUGAUUGUUCCACUAAUCUUGCGAACUUGAGGACACUGGAUUUGUCACAAAAUCACCUUCAACGAUUCUUUUUUCUCUGCAAAGACGAGUACAAUUUGCAAUUGUUGAACGUCAGUCACAAUAAACUCGAGUACAUCGACGACAAUGCCUUCAACGACCGAAUCCCGAAGCUCAAAAUACUCGAUCUAUCGUGGAACAAAUUAUCGAUUGUUAACGAGACCAUGUUGGAACAUUUCAAAAUUUUAGAAUAUCUUUCGUUAGCCAAUAAUCCGAUUAACAAUGGAAUCCAUGAAAACGCGUUUUGGAACUUGAAGGCACUGCGAUAUUUGAAUUUAAGCAAUGUAUCGUCGUCCCAUUUUACGUCGGUAUAUUUCAAAACGUUAUCUAAUUUAUCCACCCUAGAUUUGUCGAAUAAUCCCCUAAGAAUGGUCCCGUUGUUACCGAUUAACCUAGAAGAGCUCGACUUGUCCGGCACUUACAUAUCAGGGUUCCAGGAUGUCUUUUUACCUCAAUUACGAGAACUCAAAUUGAACAACAUGCAAAAUCUAAAAGAACUAUCGUUUAACGAUCUCGAAAAUCUGACCAGCCUUGAGAUACUAUCCGUAGUUGGUUCAAAGAAAUUAAUCCAUCUGAAACUGUUCCCCUAUAAUGGACGCAUAUUGCCACGACUGCAGCAGCUGUUGAUAAACGACUGCUCUUUGAAAACUUUGGAUUACAAUAUGUUGCCGAUAAUAAAGAGAACGGCACUUUUAAACCUACAAAACAAUCCUUGGAACUGCGAUUGCAAAAUGCAGUGGAUGUCUAUGUCAAACUCCACCAGGAUGCUUAGUAGGAAUAUCAAAUGCAGUGCACCCGACGAACAUCGUGACAAGCUACUGAGCGAGAUACCGAAUUACGAACUGGAGUGCGACGACCAGGCAUCAGUGUUCCAUCCAGUUCUUUGGGCUUGCAUUUUGAUACUGGUCGUGGCGAUUAUCCUGGCGGUGGGUUUCUUCCUCCUGAAACGACCGCUCGGCCGUUGGGACAUCGGGCGAAAAAACCGGGACACGGUCACCUACAAGAACGUGGACGAGUCCUCGAAUGAUAUGGUGAGAAUUCUAGCGGUCAACGAUGCGAUCGAGCGUAACGAAGAAUAAACGAACGCGUAUCGCAGAAAGAACAAUUGUACUAGAAAACGUAUUAAACCUACAAGAAGAGUUACAAUGAAAUUUGUCGGGAUGAUCGAAAUUUGAAAAAAUUUCAAAUUUUUAUUUCAACACCGCCAAACUUCAUUAGCGAAGACUCCAUCUAAGGAUCUCCUUAUUAUAAUAAGCGACAGUUUCUGAAAAGAAACUCAUCCAGCGAAGGGAACUUGAAUUUUUCGUCAAUCUUCCCUACCAUUAGUGUCGGCUGAUACAAAAUUGGCAAGAAAAUUGAAACGACGAUCGAAAGUGGAAAUAUUAAAGGAGAAUCGUGCUGUAAGGAUGCUUUGACUGGAAAUAAUCUAAUUCGCGACAAGAUAUCGGUUUGGAGGCGUCAAAGUAUGGGGCGCGUGUCGUUGACGCCUUGAACUCUUCAGAUACGGAUAUCUCGCGCGAAAAGUCAACGAUAUGAGAAAAAAUCACUUCUCUCGAUUAACUUUAUAUCGUCGUCUAGACUUGCGUCUACGAUUUCGAGGCAUCCCGUACUAAUUUUCUACAACUUUUAUUCCCCCUUUUUAAUAUCCUUCACACUUGGAAUAGUCUUCAUAUAAACGCAUUUAACGAGCGGCAUUGUACAGCGAGAGAACAUCAAUAGCUUUUAUUGAAUCGCCACGUGUCGAAACACAGGAAAACACGUUGUAAACACGGAGGCAACGUUUAGUCACCUCUAGUGCAUCCCUUAAACUCGAAACACCAUAGGCUCGAGUACUCGAGCAUCAUCUGGUGUACGCAAUAACAAUGUGGGACCUCUGUGAAUCGAAUAAAACGUCUUUUUUUCUUUUC